UAACUAUUCCUAGUUGCAUCACACUACGCUCACCCAGAACAGCUUUUGUUUCUGGAUGUCUGACGUGUACGGUCCAGAUUCAAAACUCUAGCGUGUCCUAAAUUCUCCAUCUCCUUAUAACUCUCCUUCCCUUGUGUUUUUUAACUUUUCUCUUUUACUCUCUAUAUUUUCAAGUUGUUCUAUUUAAUCUUAUUUUGAAAUUUUAUUUUUCUCUUCCCAAUUUCCAUCUUUCCUCUUAUCUCAUCUUCGAUCUUAAGAAAGCAAUAUUUGUCGCCACCGUCUUACAAUCCUCAAAAAUCGAACAGAUCUGAGUUCAAAUCUUGAAAAUAAGAAUUUCCAGUAUAAAUUGGUUACAGAUCUUAAUUUAUCGGGUUAAUUAUUCACUCUAAUCCAAUUCGUGAUCUAGUGAAGAAAAUUUCGUAAAUUUUUUUAUUUUGCGUUAAGAGCUUAGAUUUGGAUCGAUUGCUUGUUUCUCUAAAAGUAUUUUGGAGUGUAAAUACAUGUAUGUUGUUGGAUCUAAUUGGAUCGAGUGGAGUAAAUUAAAGAAAAACGAGGAAACCCUAGGGGAGAUGGGAAAAGAUGAAACUAAAGUGGAGGAUGUUGAAGAAGGCGAAAUUUCGGAUUCAACUUCAAUAGAGGAGAUCAGUGAGGAAGAUUUUAACAAGCAAGAUGUUAAGAUUUUGAAGGAAUCGAAGUCGUCGAAAGGAGGAGAAGCGAAUUCGAAUUCAAGAGUUUGGACGAUGCAGGAUCUGUGCAAGUACCCGUCGGUUAUUCGAGGGUAUGCUUCGGGUUUGUAUAAUUUUGCUUGGGCACAAGCAGUUCAGAAUAAACCUCUGAAUGAGAUUUUUGUUAAGGAUUUUGAACAACAACCACAACAAGACGAGAACAACAACUCCAAGCGAUCGUCGCCGUCGUCUUCGGUGGCUUCUGUAAAUAGCAAAGAGGAGAAGGGUAGUCGUGGAAAUUUAGCUGAUAAAGUCGUGAUUGAUGAUGAUAGUGAGGAUGAAAUGGAGGAGGACAAGGUUGUGAAUCUAGACAAGGAAGAAGGGGAGUUGGAAGAGGGGGAGAUUGAUUUAGAUUCGGAGCCUAAAGAAAAGGUUUUGGGUAGUGAGGAUGGUAAUGUUGGUAACUCGGAUGAGCUGGAGAAGCGAGUUAACUUGAUUCGGGGAGUACUGGAAGGGGUUACUGUGAUUGAAGCAGAGAAAUCAUUCGAGGGAGUUUGUUCCAGACUGCAGAAUGCUCUGGAGAGCUUGCGAGGUUUGAUAUUUGAAUGCAGUGUUCCUUUGAAGGACGCCCUUAUUCAACUGGCGUUUGGAGCAAUUAAUUCUGCAUUUGUUGCUCUGAACUGUAAUUCAAAGGAACAGAAUGUGGCCAUUUUAUCAAGGUUACUUUCCAUUGUAAAGGGUCAUGAUCCUUCUCUGUUCCCUCCUGACAAGAUGAAAGAGAUUGAUGUCAUGCUGAUCUCUCUAGAUUCCCCUGCUAGUGCAAUUGAUACAGAGAAAGAGAUAAAGGUUGUAGACGGAGUUAACAAGAAGGAUCCUGAUGCUUUACCUGAAAAUAUUUGUCAUGAUUUGACUGUCACGAAUAAGUUGCUCUCAUCUGCCAAGUUCGUAAUUAAUAAUAAACCAAAUGCAUUAACAGAAACUUUAAAGCCAGGAGUACCUAAUUUUAGGAACAGAGGGAUUUCACUGCCCCUGCUAGACCUUCACAAGGAUCAUGAUGCAGACAGCCUUCCUUCACCUACGCGAGAAACAACACCAUGUUUGCCUGUAAACAAGCCAUUGACUAGUGGAGAUGUCAUGGUUAAAUCAGGGUUUAUGACAGGUAAAGGUUCACAUGAUGCAGAAGGUAAUAAAUUGCACCCUUAUGAAACAGAUGCCCUCAAAGCCUUUUCUACCUAUCAACAAAAAUUUGGUCAAGGUUCUUUCUUUUCAAGUGAUAGACUUCCAAGCCCAACCCCUUCUGAAGAAUCUGGUGAUGAGGGUGGUGAUAACGGUGGGGAAGUUUCUAGUUCCUCCACCAUUGGUAACUUUAAACCAAAUUUGCCCAUUUUGGGGCAUCCAAUUGUUUCUUCAGCACCUCUAGUUGAUAGUGCUAAUUCCAGCUUGCAGGGACAGAUUACAACUAGAAAUGCGACACCAAUGAGUUCUGUGUCUAAUAUAGUGUCGAAAUCCUUAGCAAAAAGCAGAGACCCUAGGCUUUGGUUUGCCAACACUAAUGCAAGUGCUUUGGAUCUAAACGAACGGCCCUUGCAUAAUGCAUCUAAAGUGGCACCUGUUGGAGGAAUAAUGGAUUCAAGGAAGAGAAAGAGUGUUGAAGAACCUAUUUUGGAUGGCCCUGCACUCAAAAGACAAAGGAAUGAGUUGGAAAAUUUAGGGGUUGCUAGGGAUGUGCAAACUGUGUGUGGAAUUGGUGGCUGGUUAGAGGAUACUGAUGUUAUUGGGUCUCAGAUAACAAACAGAAACCAAACGGCAGAGAAUUUGGAAUCCAAUUCCAGGAAAAUGGAUAAUGGAGUAACUAGUUCAAGUACUCUAAGUGGUAAAACUAAUAUGACUGUUGGUACAAAUGAGCAGGUGCCAGUGACAAGUACGAGUACCCCUUCAUUGCCUGCUUUGUUGAAAGAUAUUGCAGUGAAUCCAACCAUGCUGAUAAGCAUACUUAAGAUGGGACAACAGCAGAGAUUAGGAGCUGAAGCCCAGCAGAAAUCCCCUGAUCCUGUAAAAAGUACAUUACAUCAGCCAAGCUCAAAUUCAUUACUUGGAGUAGUUUCCUCCACAAAUGUCAUUUCCUCCCCUUCUGUGAACAAUGUUCCCUCAAUUUCGUCUGGGAUUUUGUCAAAACCUGCAGGAAAUCUUCAGGUUCCUUCUCCGGAUGAGUCUGGAAAAAUUCGCAUGAAACCUCGUGACCCUCGCCGUGUUCUUCAUGGAAAUUCACUUCAAAGGAGUGGUAGCAUGGGACCUGAUCAAUUAAAAACAAAUGGAGCCCUUACUUCAAGCACCCAGGGAAGCAAGGAUAAUCUGAAUGCCCAAAAUCUGGACAGUCAGACAGAAUCGAAGCCGAUGCAAUCUCAGCUUGUUCCACCACCAGAUAUCACUCAACAAUUCACCAAAAAUCUUAAAAAUAUUGCUGAUAUUAUGUCUGUGUCACAAGCAUUGACUAGUCUGCCACCAGUGCCCCAGAAUUUAGUCCCCCAACCAGUACAAAUUAAGUCUGACAGCAUGGAUAUGAAAGCACUAGUUUCUAAUUCUGAGGAUCAGCAGACCGGGGCUGGUUUAGCACCUGAAGUAGGUGCAACCGGUCCUCAUUCACAGAAUGCAUGGGGAGAUGUUGAACAUCUUUUCGAAAGAUAUGAUGACCAGCAAAAGGCAGCUAUCCAGAGAGAAAGGGCAAGGAGGAUAGAAGAACAGAAGAAAAUGUUUUCUGCACACAAACUCUGUCUUGUCUUGGAUCUAGAUCAUACACUUCUUAAUUCAGCCAAAUUUAUUGAAGUAGAUCCGGUGCAUGAGGAGAUCUUGAGAAAGAAAGAGGAACAGGAUCGUGAAAAACCACAGAGACAUCUCUUCCGCUUUCAUCAUAUGGGAAUGUGGACCAAAUUGCGACCUGGAAUUUGGAAUUUCUUAGAGAAGGCUAGUAAGUUGUAUGAGCUGCAUCUAUACACAAUGGGGAACAAGCUAUAUGCCACGGAGAUGGCAAAAGUGCUUGAUCCAAAAGGGGUUUUGUUUGCUGGACGUGUCAUUUCUAGGGGUGAUGAUGGAGAUCCCUUUGAUGGUGAUGAGAGGGUUCCUCGGAGUAAGGAUCUGGAAGGGGUUCUGGGUAUGGAAUCGGGUGUGGUUAUCAUUGAUGAUUCUGUCAGAGUCUGGCCGCAUAAUAAGCUUAACUUGAUUGUUGUAGAGAGGUAUACUUAUUUCCCUUGUAGUAGACGCCAAUUUGGGCUUCUAGGUCCUUCUCUUCUUGAGAUUGACCAUGAUGAGAGACCAGAAGAUGGGACGUUGGCAUCUUCUUUGGCGGUUAUUGAGAGAAUACAUCAAGAUUUCUUUUCACAUCAGAAUUUAGAUGAUGUAGAUGUAAGAAAUAUCCUAGCUGCAGAGCAACGGAAGAUUUUGGCUGGUUGUCGCAUAGUGUUUAGUAGGGUAUUUCCUGUUGGUGAAGCCAAUCCUCACCUACAUCCACUGUGGCAAACAGCUGAGCAAUUUGGAGCUGUGUGCACAAAUCAGAUAGAUGAGCAUGUCACACAUGUGGUGGCCAACUCUCUUGGAACUGAUAAGGUGAAUUGGGCUCUAUCUACUGGAAAAUUUGUUGUCCACCCCGGCUGGGUGGAAGCAUCAGCAUUGCUUUAUCGGAGGGCCAAUGAGGUUGACUUUGCCAUUAAACCAUAAAUAAUCACCUCCCUAAUCAUUCCUGGUAAAACUAAGACCUGUUAAAAUCAAGACUCAACCUGAAAGUGGGAGACGGAACCAUGUGGUCAAUUUUGGGGUAGGUUGACGUUAGGGUGGAGUGCUCUGCAUGAUUCGGACUCAACACAGUAUCCAGUCUUUUUGGUUGGCAAUUGCAGCGUUCCCUUCAAUUGCAGCGUUCCCUUCAAUUGCCAACCUGCUGGAAAGGAGUUCCAUUGACCGGUUUGAUGAGUGCAUAGAAAGAUGGUUAGUGCCCCCCCGGAGCUUCAGAAUUUUCCUAGUACUGUUGGGUUUUUACCAUUGAAAAGAAGAGUUAGUGAAAGAGCUGGUUGACCAUGGUGAAUCGGGCGGGUUUCAUUAAAGCUCACCUCUUGCAGCAAAAAUAAAAUUGCCAAAUGCUGAUUUGUGGAAAAUGAAAUACAAUUAAAACAAGAAAAGAAAGUGCCGGGAAACGGACUCAACAAACUGCAUUGAAUUUAUAGGUAGUCAUCAAUAGAAAGUGAGUGUGCUAAAAAAGCCCUGAAAGCGAAGAUGAUCCGAAUGGAAAUUAAGGGUUGGUUUGUAAUUGCCGCUAAUCCGCCCGAGAGAGGAUGCUAGCAAAGAGGUUGGGAUUUAGCAAUCCGAGUGGCUCUGAGAUUGGUGCCUCAUCGAGCAUCUAUUUCUCAAGCUGCCUUACCUGAAGUGAAUGGGGUGGGAAUUGGGUCCACUCGGUCUUAAUUCACAACAUUAGAAUUGUGGGUUGCUUUGGAUUGUUUUGUAAUAUUGUCAGCUGUGAUGCUGAUUUUGGCCGUCCAUAAUCUGUCAGUGUCAGAAUCCAAAAACUGAGGGCUGUAUUUAUACUUUUGAACAUGUUGGCGUAGAUAAUGAUUCUGAGGAGCUGGAAGAAAGGUUUCCAAAUUGAAAUAGAAUGAAAAAGGAAUGAGGAGAAGGAUGGAUCAAAGGCACUUAGGCAUGGAAAUCAAAUAUGUUUGGGUACGACGGGAUCUCACUCUUGGCAAUGCUUGAGAAUUAAGAUUUCCCUUGGCUGAAGCCCUGCCACGUAUGGCAGCAAUGGGAGAAAUUUGAGACAAAAAUAAUGAGAGGACCACCGAAUCUGGUAAACUACGCAAUGCAUUGCCCAGAAGGGAAUGUUGGGUUUUAUGUUGUUUUUGCUUAGGCAUGGUUUUGCCUUACGCAUUGUGACUUUCCAACGGAAGCCAACAGAUAGAGAAAAUAACGAAGGGAAAUAAAUACAUAAAAAUGUUUUUGUUAAUUAGGAUGAAAUGACUAGCAAUUUUUUUCCAGCU